AUGAAGAUGCUCAAGCAGUCCUACGGGCAGGUCCAUGAGAGAAGUUGGGGGACUGCAGCCAACAAGGGGGGGGGGGGUAAUGGGUUUCUUCAUCCCCACCAGGGCCAGGUCCAGGCCUUCCUCAACAUUCUGGAGGACAGCUUUUUCCAGGAGUUCCUCUCCAAAGACACCUGCUUCCAGAUUUCAGAUACGUUCCUCCUGGCUGUGGGGCUGGUCUCCUUCCGGUGUGCUAACCUGACGCUCUGUGAGCACAACCACAGCAGCCAUAGACUUGACCCUUGACCUCAUGCCCUUGUGUUCCUAGCAAAUGAGAUGGAGGAGGACUUGGAGAAACCUAAAUGUGAGAUUUUUUUCCCAUGGGCCCUGGGGGAAGAUUGGCAUUCCCGGGUGGGGAAGUUCUAGGACUCAAGGGACAUACUGUGGGCACGAAUGGGCUUCUAAGCCAGCGCUGUGAGCAGGUGAGGCUGGGCUGCCAUCCCAACUCACUGUCCACUCUACUCCUCCCAGGUCAUGGCCAACAAGCCAACCCACUGGACCUGGACUCGGAAGUGGUGUCCCCACCAUGGUGAAGUUCAGAGGGAUUGCUGUCAGGCCCGGGGCCCCUUACCCCAUGUAUUAGGCUUCUCUAGAGGAACAGAAUCAACAAGAAGUAUAAUUAUAAAAGGGGGGCUUAUUAGGUUCUCAUAUGUGACCAGAAGUGAUAGUCCACAAAAAUGGCCAUCUGCAGGCUGGAGAGCUGGGGGAACCAUAACCAUUACACCCCGGAACCCUGGCCAUUUACCCCCACACUGUGGCCUGUGUGGUUUGCCCCAGCACUCAGGUGUGACCUCCCACACCUCAUCCAGCUGCCCUUCCCUGAUCUCUGAGUGCCAUCCACCCUGCUGCCAAAAUUGCUUCUCAGUGGCCAAAAACCUCUGGGGUGAGGACUUCCUUGUUGUCUUGCCUCAGAUGCAGCUAGAGCUGGGCACCUACACCUUCCACAAUGAGCUGGAGACAGGAGCUGAGGAGGGUCGGCUUGGGGACCUGGGGGGUGGGAGUGGGACCAACAGGAUGUGGGAGGGGGGCAGUUUCCCCUCCAGGCUCACUCUGUGGCUCCUCCCAGUCUUCCCCAAGCCUCCACCACACCUGGGGACUGAGUUCUGCAGCUGA